GAGGAUGAAGCCGAAGAAGAGUAAAGCCGGGCCGGGCCGGGCCGCGGCCGUCCGUCGUCGAAAGGCUCUCAGCGAUGUUUCCCCUUCUACCAGUUUACCACCUCUUGUGGAAGGACAACUCCGCUGCUUCCUCAAACUGACCGUUAGCAAAAUUGUAUGGAUGGUCGCCAAACCGCCAGCAUCGUCCCUUGUCCGGCUGAGAUGGUGGGGAGAAACUAGCAACGGCACCAUCUUCGUUCCCCAGGAUGCUUCCCAGCCAGAGCAGAAAAUUCUGAACACCACCACCUGCUACCCGGUGCGAUGUGGGCCCAAACAAUUUGCCUCCUACCUGACAGACAUGGGGGCCCUUAUCCUGGAAGUGAUGACCAAGUCCGACCACCUUCCCAUUGGACGGGUUCAAAUCAAGGGGCUGGCCCUGCUCUCUCCCAGCCACCCAAUCCGUGGGGUUUUCCCCAUCGUUUCGCCGACCUCUGAAAAGAUGGGAGAGCUGCAGGUAUCCCUGUUCCUGGAACCUCUCGCCGAGGAGUACGAAUGCAACCACACCGUCCACAACGCAAACCUGAACAAAGAGGCUGCAGAUUUGAGCCCCUCCCUCACUCCGUCUCAGCUCCACAGACCAUCUGGCACCCACGUCCACGGAAGAGAAUCCCUGGGCAGCAGCAGAGCGAGUACUCCAAGGGGGAAAGAUCACUUAUAUUUCCAGGAGAACUCGGAGAAUAUCCAAAGAAGUAUUGGUGGGUCUCACCCACACCUGGAUUACAUCCUGAGCGCCAAGGAUCCCAGGCCACCAAAAAUGUUUCCGAGCAACUCUGAUCCAGAUGCACAAAUCAAGCCAGGCAAGGAAAGCACGAGGCCUGUCCGUGUCCUUUCUUGCAACAGCCCAGCCGCGCAAGAUCUCCUUGCAGACCUUUUGGAUCGAGGGAACCGGCUGCGAAACGCCAUGGCUGUGUCCGUCAUGACAUCUAAUCCGGAUCCCGUCAUCGAACGCUAUGAGGCUCAACUUCCUGCAAAGCCGGACCUCUCCCGACAAGCUGGAAAAACUCUGAAGAACUCUGGCCUUACGUGUGAAGAUUCUUUUGAGCCAUGGCGUGAAUGUUCAGAAUUCGAUUUGGAUGCUGAAAAGAAAGCAGUCGAGCUUCUGCUGGGCGGUUCUGAUUUAUCCCCGGAUCAUCUCGUGGACGGGGCCGGUUCCCCUCCCGGAUCACUUUCCCCUUUGAGUCACUUGUGUGACAGUGAAUUGAAUGACCCACAUUACGACCAGAGUCUCUUGGAAAAUUUGUUCUACACGGCUCAGAAAUCAGAUGGCGGCGUCAGCGACAUUUUUAGUGACGAGGAGGAGGAGGAGGACGGCGCUGGAAAACUAAGUCAUCCUCAGGGUCCAAAACAUCAGAGGUCACCAAAGGCUUUGGAGUCGAGUCCUCCCAGGCGGAAAAAGAAGGCCUUGGAGACAAGAGCCAGCCGUUCCCCUGCUAAACCCCGUCCUGGUGAGGCCUUCCCAGAGGCCCCCGGCGAAACCCAAGCUGUCCAUUUGAGCCUUGACAGGCUGGCCACGCUGGGCCGGAUCCGCUUAGCCAGAGUGGUGAUUGAGACCCUAAGGGGGGCCCCCCGCGAGGACAGCGCUCAGAGUACCCCCAAUCCAAAGAGCCCCAGUGGGAAACCCCCCAGGCCAGCUUUGGCUAAGAAGAGGACCUUCUUUGUCGAGUAUCACUUUCCAGUAAGAACUUCGAAGAACGGGGUAGGCCAGACGGCCGUGACUACGGAAAUGGUUCGCGUAGCUUCGAGUAGAUACUCAGCAGACGGGGUGAAGUUUCAGCAAUGCUACGUAUUCCCUGUCCACUUCAGUGGCUCCAUGAUCACCCAUUGGUGGACGUCGUCCCUCGAUUUUAACGUGUUUUUGAAAAAAGGCACCCAGAGGAAGCCAGCGCGGAUCGGCGCAGCGGCCUUUCCCCUGCGCGACGUCCUUCGGUCUGAGGAUUUAUUCGUCAGCCGUGAAUUGCCGGUGAAAGAAGAUGGUGUCCCAGGCCCAUUAGGGCCUUUACAGGUAUCCGUGGAGCUUGCAGCUGCUAGCAAAGACGUCUCCAACCUCAAAGCGAGCAGCGUGUCCCCGAGAGCCGCCGUCGGCUCCGUCAGGGGCCAGGGCACCAUUUUUCAGGACGCUGACAGGAGCCCCUGUUCCACCAGAAGCCCUCAAAGCCCCUGCAAAGCCCCAGUGAGAAGCGAAGCUCCCUUGCCUUCCGCUUUUCAGACGUCCCCCAAGGAUGGGGCUCGGCCGCUGGUCCCCCGGCCCGUCUCCCGCAACCUCCUGACCCAGAUGAGUGACUCCUCGGAAGAGGAAGGGAUGCUGCUCCACGUCCUUCUGAUGGUCUCGGAGGGGCAGGUCGCUCCUCCUCCCCACGGCGGGCCGGACAGCUCUUGCAACCUGUAUUUAAUCUGCAAGCUCUUCAGCACCGAAGAAGCCACGAGGUCCCCCAUCGCCUGGGGGACCUCGCGACCCACCUUCCAUUUUUCCCAGAUCACUCCGGUUGCGUUGACGUCGAAACAUUUGGAGCGGCUGAAGAACAACGUCAUGGUGAUCGAGGUGUGGAAUAAGGUGCUCAGCCCCGGAGGGGACCGACUGCUGGGACUGGCCAAGCUUCCCCUCCAUCAGUUCUACGUUUCGUUCAAAGACCCCAAGGUUUCCAGCCUGCUGCUCCAGGCUCAGUAUCCAGUGCUGGCCGUGGACGGCCCCAUGCCGGUGGUUGACGUCUUCUCCGGCCAAAAGAACGGCAGCCUGAAGACCAUCUUAGCCAUGGGAUCGGCUGACCAGGUGUUGGCGCUGCAGAGGGUCAAGAAGGAUGAAGGGCCGGCAUCUCCGGCUGUGCUGCGCCCACUGCAUGCCCUGGAUCCUCUCCCUGCACCCUCCGCUGAGCUGUCAAGCAGGGAGAAGGAAGGCCUGGUGGAACAUACCUUUGAGGUCCACGUUGAAGGGGUCCAAGGCCUAACGCCCCUCCAGACCACCGUCUGGGGAGAAGCGGACUGCUACGUCCAGUACCACUUCCCAGUUCAGAAACCAGAACCCGAGGCGCUCCGUAAUGCAGAGUUAAGCGAGGAGGGCCUUGAGUUGAAGGCUUUCCGCACCGCCACCGCUUUGUGCGUCCCCGAUCCCACCUUCCGCGAUGAGCACCAUCACUCUCUGCUGGUCCCAGCUGACGUCCCGGUUCAGCGGCUGCUACUCAGGGCUUUCUCGGCCCAGAGCUUAGCGGGAGAAGGAGGAGGGAUUCAUUUCGAAAUCUGGUGCAGGGCCCUUGCCGAAAAGCAUCCUCCGUUCCAAUACAGUGCCGAAAUCGGCCUCAACACCUACGUGUCGAUACACCUCCCCUUCUUUCCUGGGGCCGAGCAGCGCAGGACACGGACCGUGGCUCGCUCCUUCUGCCCCACCUUCGAGCAUCACGUGGAGCUGCCCUGCCGCCUCGUGGUUCAGAGGAGCAGCGGGGAAGCCUGCUGCCUUGGGGAACUCUUGCAGCGGUCGGAGGUCGUCUUCCACCUCUACCACCAGCCCCUGAACUCAGCUCCAAGGGAAACGCUCAAAGAUUGCUUGCUGGGAACCGUCCGAGUUCCUACCAGAGAUCUGCUGAUUCGGAGAUCAGGUCUCAGAGGUUGGUACCCCGUCAUUCUCCCAGAGGAUCUCUUGGCCUCACGGUGUGCAAACGUCACGCAGAGCAUCGUGGGAGGUUUGGAGAUUUCGGUUGCCUUUGUUCGUCCCGGAGACCGAGAACGUGUCCUAGAGACUGGCAACCGUUUAGGGUGGAACUGGAAGGAAACCUACUCCGAGGAUCCGUGGGAGGAUAGCGAGAGUGAAAGCCAGGCCCCUCCGACACCGCUCCGUGUGUCUAUUGCUACUCCUCGGCUGUGGCUGCCGCUACACAGCCUGUUCCUCGCGGGAGAAACACACUUAAAUAAAAGCGUCUAUUGCUACCUUCGCUAUAAGCUCUACGAUCAAGAAGCCGCUUGGACUUCACUUCGGAGGCCGAAAUUAACCGAAGGUGAAAAACACGGGACUGUCGUGUUUAAGAAACCCAACCGAACGGAGCUCCGGUCUGCCCCAGCGUUAUUCUGGUACCUCAGGGAAGAAAAACUGGAACUCCAGGUGUGGCGAGCUUACGGCAAAGAUGGCGACGUGGAAAGACCGCUCGAUACCGACCGCUUGAUCGGAUCAGCCUACGUGGACCUGGCACCGCUGGCGGAAAGCUCCCGAAAGAAGAAAACGGUCAGCGGUGUUUUCCCCUUGUUCCGACGCAAUGCUGCCAACCUGGGGGGAGCCGCGCUGCGCGUUCACAUCACGGUGACUCCUAGUCCAUGUGGAGGGUCUGGGAACCAUGAAGAGGACAAGGACAGCAGCAGCAGCAGCAGCGUUGCAGGAGAGAAGAAGGCAGCAGAGCAGGAGUCGGAAGUCCGCUCGGAAGCAGAUCCUUCCGUCGACAAAGUGUCCCAGGACAAACCUGCGGCCUGUGAUCUGGAGGACACAUUCGCUGUGAGCAUCCUCGUGGAAAGAGCCAUGCACCUGUGCUUAAAAGGGAGUACUCGUCUUGCAGAGCGGGGAGUAACGUCACCCUGUAGCUACGUGUCUUUCGUGGCCACUGAUGUCGAUAACCCCAUCACCACCCCAACAGUAGAAAACACAGAUUCCCCUGUUUGGGAGUUUCAGCAGCAGACAAGACUCUCCAAGGAACUCCUGCUGGAUUCCCAGAAAACUCUGGUCUUCAAAAUAUGGCAUAAAGCAGACGUUGAACGGGUGAUCGGAUUUGCCUCUGUGGACCUCUCCCCGCUGCUGUCCGGCUUCCAGUACAUCUGCGGCUGGUACAACAUCACCGACCUUAGCGGGCAGUGCCGAGGGCAGGUGAAAGUCGCCGUCUCCCCGCUCGAAAGCAUCACUCACCUGAGAGAAGAAAGGCAGGCAAGAAGGAGCCGCCAGGCAAAGGACCCGUAUCCUUCAUUCGCAUCCUUCUCCACAAGAGCCACCCCCAAAUGUUCAGGUUCUCCGUGGAAGAGUCUGGAAGCUUCCAGUCAUGCGAGGGCCGGGUCCCGUCACACGGAGCACGUGCUGAACGUCCGUCGGUUCCACACGUCCUUGCAGCAAGCGGAGGAGAAGACGGAGCCGGCAGACGGGCUCGAUGCCCCGUCCCUUUCCUCCCACACGUCGCUCUUCAGAGCGCUCAGAAAAAACCUGGACGAGCUGGACGAGAUCCAGAGGUAUUUCAGCGGAAAACUCACCAGACCUCUGCCAGACUUGAACGCUCCUUGCAGCGCCACAGAGGGUCUUGACAUCCAGACACCUUUCUCCAGGAGGGUAAAUCUAGAAGAGGACCACCUGCAGAAGAAACCCAUUCAAGUUUCUCAAGUUGGCAGCCAGAGUGUCGAUCGACGGACUAAGACGACAAGCCACCCUGAAGAGACCUCACGAGGCCAUGAAGACGGUCACAGAUUCUCCAGCGCGGACCAGGCCCUCCGCGGGCAGGAAGAUGGCGCCACCAGAGCCCAGGUGCUCAAAGCCCCCUCAAGCAAUGAAUUCUGGAAUGCCGGGGUAGGUGAAGAACCCGUAGCUGAUUUCGGGGAGUCCCCUUCUGCAGAAGACCUGCGGUAUGGAUUCUUUGACCCCGCGGAUUCCCCCAGGGCCCCUCCCUCGGGAUUCCUGCCUGGGAUCCGGAGGGAGGAAGACUCCGCUGAGUCCCCCAGCGAGGAAGAGUACGACGAGGCCAUCGUGGAACCGAGAACGCUGAACGAAAUCACCACCGUGACAGACAAAACCAGUCCCUGGUCCAGCUUCCUGUCUGAAGCCGAGCAGGAGCCAGUCCACCAGGCCCAAAGGACGAAGGGCGGGGACUGUUCGCCAACGGAGAGGACCCUCAGAAGGAGCUCCGCGUCCGACGUGAUCCAAGAGGGUCCUUUGAGCGCGUCCAGCCUUGCUGGAUCCAGAAACAGCCCUUUCAGAGAGGAAGACGGGGACAACAACGCUGAGGGAGAAGAACCACGACUUGGAGGAGAAGAGCCACAACUUGGAGCUGAGGGAGAAGAGCCACAACUUGGAGCUGAGGGAGAAGAACCACAACUUGAAGCUGAGGGAGAAGAGCCACAACUUGAAGCUGAGGAAGAAGAACCAUCCACCGCAGGGCAGGUGGACAUCCAACAGGUUGGCCAAGAAAGAUCAACGGAAGCCAAGGAAGGAGGACCUCCAGAGGCAUCCUCCACGCACAACGGUGGAGGAGACUUUGUGAGAGCACGGAGGAUCCCUCCAGGAGCGACAGAAGGAAGAGGAAACCGGCCCAGAGACCCCCAGCAGGAAGAAGGAACGAAUGGGGAAGGAGAAGAGGAUCUCCAACUCUGGCCCCCGUUGCAGGAGAUCGAGGCCUCCUCCGGAGAAGAGGACGAAGACCCGCCGGAAGAGUUCAACGCGCCCAUCAUCCCACUAUCCGAGCCGAUUAUGGUGCCCAAUUUCUUCCUUCCUCCACAGCAUCUGGAAGUCUCCAUGAGGCUUCUCAGCGCUUCCUCCUCUCCCCUGGCAGCUGCUCAUAAAGCUGGAGAGGACCGAAGCGAGGCCCCGGGAAUUCCUCACCGAAGGCCAGUCCGUCCCAAGCCGAGCCCGAUGCCCCUUCCUCUGCCCGAAGAGGAAAUGAAAAGAAUCGCUCGGAUUUUUUCCACGCAGUUCUCCAAAAAAGCAUAAAGCCGGCAGGACCGAGUUGGCUUCAUAAAACUUCCAGCAAAGGCUGUGCCCCCCACCCCAGCCUUCUGAAUACCACUUACCCCAGAUGCAAAGACCGGGCGUUGGGGGGUCACAUCAGCUCGAGAUCCCUCUACGGACCCCAAGAAUCACUGGCGGUCCCUGGCCUUGUUUCUGAAACAGCACCUAAUAAAACCAGCACUUUGUUCUCCUGGAAGAACGUAGAGACACACCUGAACCAAGAUAAUGAACGUUGGCAUCCCCUGCAUCAAGUCAUCCAAAAGGCAAUUUGGGGUUUGGGGUGGGCAGCACACCAGGACAACUAACUCCUAACCCAGUGGUGGCUAACCUUUUGGGGCUCCUGUGCCGAAAAUUGUGUGCCUGCUUGCGUGCCAGCACCCAGAACAUAAUGCGCAGGACUCCCCCAUGCCUCCUGCGCAUACACGCACG